AAUACUGCUUGUCAAACGGAACAGUCAAUGUGCCAUAACUCUAUCGGAAAAUGCACAAAAAAUGCCUAAAGCCACAGCGUAAAUUAAAUGUGUGCUUUAAUGUGUGAAUGUAUUCUGUACGCAAACAAAUAACUAUUGAGCGCAUAAAAACAUUUCUGUACAGCAUCUGAAUAAAUAACAUAUUUUUGUAAAGAACUGUGAGUGUGAUCAAGAAAUAUGUCAAAUGUUCUCUGCAUUAACUAUUGGGAUUUAUGCCGGAUAUGCACUGCUUGUAGUGAACAAAGGAUUAACAUUUUCUCGUCAGAUGGGCGCGCCAAAAAUCUCUCUCAAAAAAUUGUUGACUGUCUUUCAAUACAGAUUGAUGAAAAGGACAGAUUGCCAAAGGUUAUUUGUGCGCAGUGUAUUCAGCAGGUGGAACAAAUAGACGAGAUGCGUAGUAUUUCCAAAAACUCGCAGACUAUACUCGCUAAUUGGCUUAAUCAUCGCACGUUGCAAGGUGAUGACAAAGUAUUUAUAAGGGAUGCUAUUAGCGAGACCGGUAAGAGCCUUAGUGUAUUGGGCACUGCAUCUGGGGGACUUUUUGGAAGCGGCAGCUUAAACAACAGCAGCAGUAGUAAUGCCAAUCAGCCUAAUGAUUUGCUCACCAGUAUAAUCCGUGCAGUCGGAAUGCAGGUACAAACUCAACCACAUGCACAACAACAGCCACAAGGUCAGCAACAGCAGCAAUAUUCCAUCAGUGUUGAUAACGUAACACAAUCCCAAUUCCAAGCUGAAGUUAAGGCCGAAAAACAAAACACAUUGGAAGAGUUCAUACGUCUAAAGCCGGAUAUCAAAAUCACUCCGCUUGGCAAGAAGGAUAACGUGCAGAACACAUCCUCCACCGCUACAGUAUGUAAUAUUAAGCAGCAGCAGCCUUUGCAGCAACAGUUACAGACACAACAUUCUCAGUCAGCGCUUUCUUCAAUGCAUGGGCAGGCGAUUGUGACUGAGUCAGCUCAAGUCCAGGUGCAGCCGCAGCAGAUAAAUGAACAAGCCAUUUGGCAUCAAUUUCAGCAACUUCAACUGCAACAGCAACUACAACAGAUUACAAACCAAUUGCAGGCACAAGCUCAACUUACAGGUUGCACAGCAGAAGAUGGCAUAGGUUCUUCAGAAAGCAAAAAACCGAAACUGAAUUUAGUGCUUUCCUCGCCAAUUCCAACCCCUCAAUUUGCUGGAACAUUGCAACAAUUUGGAGGCGUUGCUUGCACAAGUCAACCUCAAAUUCAACUGCAACUUCUUUCCAAUGUCAGCUCUUCUACAAGCAGCGGAGCGGGUGCGAUCUCGGCAGCUGCCCCACUGAGCCCACAACAGCUUAAUGCUGCUGCCCUACUAUCAAGCCUAACAGGGAAUCAAGUUUCUGGGAGCAAUAGUGCUAUUAAUAUGCUCUCACCCAAUAAAUGUUUUCUGCCUAUCACCAUUCGCGAUGAGAACUCAGAUCAGCAGAUUGUGGCGCAUAUUGACACCAAAAAUUUUGUCCUUCCCACCACAUACCAAGUACAAAUGAAGCUUCAGCCGCAAUUGGCGACUGCUGAUGGUCAGCCCAUUAUGCAACUGACACCUACUUCCAUCCCAGCGACAUUGCAAUUGACACCCCAAACCCGAGCCAACACAUCGAAUUUCCAUCAGGCAAUACAGACUACACAAUCAAAUCAAUUUCUUGCCCCACAGCCAGCCCCACAACAACAACAAUUGCCGCCUGCCACAGCGCUAGUGACAUCGAACCAAAUUAUAAGAUCACCGCAUGCAAAUACGAACACAUCGCAGCUAGUUAUACGCAAUGUUAGUGGCGAAUCCUCUAGCCCCGGCAGAAACGAUGCGGCGGUUACAUUUAAAGUGCUUUCGCCCGGACAUCAUACCCAGCAUCAGCAGCAAGUCACCAAAUAUAAACCAAACCCAUUGAAUGCAUCUAGUGUUGGUGUCGCUUUAAACCCCAAUGUGUCCCACAUACGUGAAGAGCAUGUGAAGGAAAAGAAAGCAACAGCACCGAGCAAUGUGGCUGCCUUACAGAGGCUCUCGUCUCACACAACCAUUACAAAGUUGAGCAAGACGCUACAGCAGCAACAUCAAGAGCAACUCAAAACUGGCAAGAAAAUUCCGUUGCUAAACAAACAAAACAUAACUAUCAGCCGCAUUCCAACUCAGGGAACCCCAAAGACAGAACCUAAACCAACUACAUCCGCAGUGCAACCACAAUUCGUGCAGGUGCAAACGCAGCAACUGCCACAGAGUCUGGAAGAGGCAAACCAAAAUAAAUCGUUAGCUAAACCACUAAAACACGAAUCGACUGCACGGCCAAAGCACACCCGGCCGCCACAGAUAUUGCCUGUGCCCGCGCUCCAACGAACCUUGACACAACACCAGGUCUCCGAGCCACAACAACAACCGGCACAGGUGGCAAUCACUAGUAUAACAAAUACGGGAGCAUCAACAACGCCGUCCGCAUUAGCUUUGCAUGCACUUACAUGUCCAACUUGCCAACGGGAAUUUAAGAAAAAGGAGCAUCUCACUCAGCACGUGAAACUGCACGCAGGCUUGCGACCCUUUAAAUGCAGCGAGGAUGGCUGUGACAAGGCGUUUAGUCGCAAAGAGCACUUGUCACGCCAUCUUGUCUCUCACUCAGGACAAAAAAUGUACACCUGUGAUGAGUGCAAGAAGCCCUUCUCUCGUAAGGAUAAUCUCAAUAAGCAUAAACGCUCACAUAAUACACAGACUUGUGAAACGCGGAUGCACCACUGUGAGAUUUGUAACAAAAACUUUCCAUCCAAGCAGCUCUUUGAGAAGCACAAUGAGAUGCACAAAAAAUCUCUAAGCGGGAAAGCAGAAGUGCAACCAUCACCUACGCCCAACCAGGUUAAUCAAUACGAACUCAAGCACCAACAGCAACAAAUACACCAAAAACCAGAGGCCCAGCAACAGCCGCAAAUAAUGCAAGUGGAUUUGGAUGGGAAUACGAUUACGAUUAGGCAGGCUUCCGAUUCCAGUAUUCAAACAUCUUUGUCCAACUUUGUUCAACUUGGUUUUCCCCAAUACCAAAAUGCCGUUGGCACAGAAAAUCCAAUAGCUUCUAAGCUUGAAAAGUAGUCCUAUCUAGUCAUUAUUUUUAAAGAGUUCUGCUUAAUGCGUUCACCACCUGCAUUUUUACAUAAUUGAUUUGAGAAUAGCGUUUUUAUUAGUUCGUUAUUUUUUUCUAUUUACCUAUGCAACAAAAUUUUAAUUUUGUUGACUUAAUGCGUUCACCACCUGCAUUUUUACAUAAUUGAUUUGAGAAUAGCGUUUU